AUGCAAAUCUUCGUCAAAACUUUAACCGGUAAGACGAUCACUCUCGAAGUGGAGUCUAACGACACCAUCGAGAACGUGAAGUCAAAGAUCCAAGACAAGGAAGGCAUCCCUCCAGACCAACAAAGAUUGAUCUUUGCUGGUAAGCAAUUGGAGGACGGCAGAACAUUGUCUGACUACAAUAUUCAAAAGGAAUCCACUCUUCACUUGGUCUUGAGAUUGAGAGGUGGUAAGAAGAAGAAGAGAAAAAAGAAGAACUAUAAGUCACCAAAGAAGGCUGCUCACAAGCACAAGAACGUUCCUCUCCUUCCUAUUGAAAAGAAGUACUACGAAGUUACCAACGACGGAAAGGUUGUCUGUAACAGAAGAACCUGUCCAAAGUGUGGUCCAGGUGUUUUGAUGGCUGCCCACGAAGAUAGACAAUACUGCGGAAAGUGCCACAUUGUCUUCUUGAUCCAAAAGAAGAAGUAA